AUGGCGGAACGAGACUCAAGACCACAAGGGCUCGCCGCCACACCUGUUGCGUCAGAGCUCAAGAUCAAACCCCCAAGUCCUCUGGCGCUGGCCCAAAAAGUCGACAUGGAGACCAAGAUGGGCGAGGCAAAGUCCGCCUGGAACACCAAGAACCUGGGCUUCCGCCUGGGCGCCGACCUCUUCAGCGCAGCGUGCGCCGGCACCUUGGUCGCGCCUCUGGUGUCCAUCAUUGACCGCUCCAUCAUGGAAAACGCCUCUGGCCGCCGCGGCCUCGGCGAAUGCGUCCGCUCCUGCCUCAAAGAACUUGUCCUGCGCCCCCACCACGUCGUCUUUAGCAAACCCUUUGCCCUCAUAUUCGCCCUCUACGGCGGCACCUACCUGACGGCGAACACCCUCGACACCGCCUUCUCGACCGUCAACAACCGGCCCGCGAAUGAAGUCACCUCAGGCACCGCCAAAUUCGCCGCCUCGAGCACCGCAAACAUUGGCAUCUGCAUGUACAAGGACCAGGUCUUCGCGCGCAUGUACGGCCCGCCUGGGGCCACCCCGCGCCCCGUCCCCAUGCUCACAUACGCCCUCUUCACCUUGCGCGACUGCAUGACAAUCUUUGCGAGCUUCAACGUUCCCCCGCGCCUGGGCCCCUGGCUCAACAACCGCAUGGGCGAGGAGGUGAGAAAAAAAGUCAGCGGCCUGACCGUCGUCCAGUUCGCCGCGCCCGCCUUGGUGCAGAUCGCGAGCACGCCGCUGCACCUGCUCGGCCUCGACAUCUACAACCGGCCAAACGCCGCCGGGACGCCCGUCUCGUGGCAGAAUAGGUGGCAGUCGGUGGCCAAGAACUGGAGCAUCAGCACCUUGGCUAGAAUCUGCCGCAUCAUCCCUGCCUACGGUGUCGGCGGCGUUGUCAACCGGAAGGUGAGGUUGAGCCUCAUGGACAAGGUAGCGGAGUGA